AUGUCAGACACAACCGAUGGCCAAAAAAAAUCGAUCGACAAGUCAUUCGAGUCUCUCGACAAGGCGCCCGUCACCCAAGAUGCAGUCUUCGGCGAGAUCACCGAACACGGGCCAAAUUACCGCAACGUCGGAUGGAUUGGAACCACAGCUCUGAUGAUGAAGACCCAAUUCGGGCUUGGUGUCCUUGCCAUGCCGGGAAUCCUCGAUACCCUGGGCAUGAUCCCGGGGGUGAUAUGCAUCUGUGCGGUAGCGGCCAUCACGACCUGGUCUAACUACAUAGUCGGUGCUUUCAAGCUACGGCAUCCCGAGGUAUAUGGAAUCGACGAUGCGGGGGCCUUGAUGUUUGGUCGUGUAGGUCGGGAAGUGUUUGGUGUUGCGACUUGGAUAUUCUGCAUGGGCUCGGCCCUCUUGAGUACAUCUAUCGGUCUGAACGCUGUCUCGGCCCAUGGAACCUGUACGGCUGUCUUUGUGGCAGUAGCCGCUAUUGUCUCCUUCGCUGUGGGCAGUGUUCGCACAUUGGGAGGAAUCAAAUGGGUUGCUUGGAUAGGGUUAGGAUGUGUUUUUACUGCUGUGAUGAUAGUCACUAUCGCAGUUGGCAUACAAGACAGACCGGCGACAGCUCCCCACGGGGACAUCUGGGUAUCGGACUACAAGUUAGUUGGUUAUCCGUCUUUCGAUAAAGCGGUUUCUGCCGUCUCGUCGAUUGUAUUCGCCUACUGCGGAACUCCAGGGUUUUUCCCAAUCGCCGCCGAAAUGCGGGACCCUUCGCAGUACAAUCGACCCCUUCUACUCUGCCAGGGUGGCGUGACAGCAGUCUACCUUGUCGUCGGGAUCGUCAUGUACUACUACUGCGGCUCAUACGUGGCGUCUCCCGCCCUCGGAUCUGCUGGCCCAUUGAUCAAAAAAGUUGCCUACGGAAUCUCCCUCCCAGGCUUGGUCGUCAGCUCGAUUGUCGUCCUCCAUUUCUCGAGUAAAUACAUUUUCGUCCGCAUCCUGCGCGGGUCCGACCAUCUCGUAUCCAACUCCAUCACACACUGGGCGACAUGGCUCAGCUGCACGUUUGCCACCACAAUAGCCGCCUACCUCAUCGCCAGCGGGAUCCCCAUCUUUGGCGAUCUGGUAUCUCUGAUUGGGGCGUUGCUCGGGGCCUUUAUGUCGUUCCAGCCGAUGGGGUGCAUGUGGUUGUAUGACAACUGGGCCAGCGGCAGAGAGCAACCGACGGUGAAGUGGAGGUUUUUGGUGGUUUGGAGCGUCCUAGUCAUUGUUUUAGGGUUCUUUUUGAUGAUUUCUGGGACGUAUGGUUCCGUACUCAGUAUUAUUGCGUCUAGCAAGGCUGCGGCGGGCUCCUCAGCGUGGUCAUGUGCUGAUAACUCGAAUUCAUGA